UUAUAACCUUAAAACUAAAUAAAAACAAUAUAGGCAAUAGAUGAAUAAUUUAAAAAUUAUUGAAUAUAAGUUUUAAUAAAAAUAAUGAGUUUAUUAGAGGACCCGGACGUUAAAAAGACUUAUGAUAAAUGUAAAUAUAUAGUUAAAGUAUGGGAACAUAAAUUUAUUAAAAAAUACAAACGUAUUCCGUCCAAGCUAGACAUAAGAGAAGCCCCAAUAGAUGUAAGACAUGCAUACAGAAAAUAUUUUAGGUUAAAAACAGCUGCUUUAGAGGAAAGUUUUAUGGAUGUAGAACUUGGACUGGAAGAAGAUGAAGUUACCAAUAAUAUAAAUAUUACCUCAACUCCGGAAAAUUUUAUCGAGCCUGACUCUCUAUCUCAGUUGCAGUUGUCUAAUGAUAAUUUUACAGAAGAUGUUCAAGAAGAGCAACCUAAUGCUGAAACUGGUUGCACUAUUUUAAAAGAAAAUGCUUCAGAUAACCAGGUUUCAGAAGAUGUUUGGGGUAGUCAUUUAAACAAAAACACCUCAAAAGAGAAAGAAGAUGAAUGCAAAGAUAAAGCUCCUUCUGCCCCUGUGCAGUCCAUCACUAAAAAGUUGUUUUGUGGCUCAAAAGUAAACAAACUAAAAAGAAACCCAAGAAAGACAAUGUCAUUCUCUCAAAAAAAGAACACUGAAACAAGCUUUGAUAGUUCCUCUUUUCUCUCUCAACCAGAGCCAACAUUUAGUAGUUUCAAAUCUGAGGAUGCUAUUGAAGUUUUGGAAUCUGAAAUGAAGAAUAGUUUAAUAAAUAGAGACUGUCCAGAAGCAGUUAAACAAAUGUUCUCUCAGCCAAUGCAAAUGAAUUUAGUUAAUAGCAUGUUGGAUCAAGACCAACAAAACUUGAGGAAAGUCGAUACUGGGUGGCUCACAAGAAUAACUCAGACUACAGGAAUAUCACUUAAAAACCCUGAAUUGCCCCAUUUUGAAAAUAAACAGAAUACCCAAUCAGUACAGACCAAAAUUGAUUAUGACUAUGACAGUGAUGAAAUUAUAGGAAAUUCAGAUGAAGAGGAAAAUGUAUCUGUAAAUAUUUCUAUGUUUCAUAUAGCAAAAAAGUCUAGAAUUGCUGUUGAAUCAAGAAUGAAUAAUUUUAAUUCUCCUAAGGAAACACCAAAAAUCAAUCCCACUUUAGAAGAAAACAUCACAAAUCUUGUUCCUCUACCUACAGCUACUGCAGUGGUGGUUGAUGAUGGCAGUACUGAUUCUCAACUAAAUAAAAAUGACAUCACUAGUAAACUUAAAAUUGCUGAUGAAAGCACUAAAAUGCCAAAACCGUUAGACAAAAAACCUAAGGAGAAAGUUAAUAAAAAAUCUGUGCGGAAAACACCUAAAAGCAAAGGAAAGUUAAAUAAAUCUCACCACACUGAAACAACAUCAACAGAGAACUCACCAUCACUUAGAAGAUCUUCAAGGAAAAAUAUUGUAAAGGCAAGCUUUGAGGAACUUUCUAGUGGUGAAGAGGAUCCAUUUGCAUCAGAACAUGAUGACAGAGAUCCAGAAUUUACCCUGGAAAGUAAAAAACCUUCAAGCAAGUUUGGCUUAUUAUUAGAUUUGCAAGAAGUUGAGCAACAAUUUGAUGAAUCCAUAAAACCAGACAUAAAAAAGGAAAAUGUUGGAAAAAACAUAAAAAAAAGAGCUGCAAAAGCACUAAAUAAAGAGAAAAAACCAAGCCAAACUAAAACAAAAAAACCUGCCCUGAGUCAAGAAGCAGAAAAUUCACAAGAAAAUGACAGAUACGAACUUGAAUACAAUGUCAAACCUAGAAUAGUUGCAUCUAGAUUUGGAAAUUUGAAAUCAGUAAUAAAAGAAAAGCUCCUGGAGAAUUCCCAGGAACAAUCUGAACAAACUGUCAACAUAGAAAAUAAUUCAUCCUCAGUCAAAGAUAAGAGGCAGCAAGCCAAAGAAAAACUGGAACAAAAAAUUGCUUCUGGAGGCCUAAAUGAGAAUUUUGUCACAAUCAACAUCAAAAAGAAAGUUUUUGCUAGAGGGAAAAAAGGCCACAACUUUUCAAAAUAUAAAAAAGCUAUGUGGAAGAGUAAGAAAAAAGCACUUUAUGGACCUGACAUGGAUAUGGGUGGCUGUGAUGGGGGCAAAUUAGUUUGCUUCAACUGUGGCCAGGAGGGACACUUUGCUCAGAGGUGUAAAGUUGUUGCUGGAGAUGGUCUUCUACCUCUUGAUGCUGCUAAACAUGAAGAAGAAGAAUGUCCUUUCCCCACUCUUAAAGAAGCAACUAAAAUGGCUGCUGAGAGUGUUUUAAGUAUAAGAAAGCCAAAACUAAACAUUGAGAAGAAUGAGGAUAAAGCUGUAGACGGAUUAGAAAAUGUGGAUCCUAUAGAAGCAAACCAGGAUGAUGUAGAGAAUAAAGACACUGCAUCUUCUCAUGAAGAAUGGAUGGAGGAUGAUGAUGAAAAUGACAUGUUGCUUGCUGAAAUUGAAAAAUUAGAAGAACAAGUUAAGAAAAUUGAUGUAAAAGAGUAUAUGGAUAAUGUUAAAGUUGUGAAGCCAUAUUGUGACCAAACAGAAACUGGAAGCCUGAUAGAAACUCCAAAAGAGGUUUAUGAUGCUUUGGAAAAAUUUGGCCACAAUUCGUUUCGUCCAGGGCAGGAAAAAGCCGUGAUGCGAAUACUAUCUGGAAAAUCCACCUUGGUCACUUUGAGUACAGGUUCAGGGAAAAGUUUAUGUUACCAAUUACCAGCUUACCUGUAUUCCCAAAGGGAACCUUGUAUAUCUUUGAUAAUUUCUCCUUUGGUAUCUCUUAUGGAAGAUCAAGUUGUAGGUAUACCAAAGUUUUUAAAAGCAGCCUGCCUUCACACCAAUCAAACAGAAACACAAAGACAGAAGAUCAUGGAAGCAAUAUCUACCGGUGAUCUGCAUGUACUGCUGAUAUCUCCAGAAGCCGUAGUAGCCGGAGAAAAACGAACAGGUUUUGGGUCAUUAUUCCGCAAACUUCCACCAAUAGCGUUUGCGUGCAUUGACGAGGCCCAUUGCGUAUCACAGUGGUCUCAUAACUUUAGGCCCAGCUAUCUCAUGGUUUGCCGAGUCUUAAGAGAAAGUUUAGGGGUUCAAACUAUUCUGGGACUUACUGCCACUGCUACCAGAUCCACUUGUGAAAGUAUUAUUAAAAGUUUGGAUAUUCCAGACGGAUUAGAAGGUAUAAUAAGCGAUAUACCUCUACCUGACAAUCUGCACCUAACAGUUUCAAAGGAUGUAAACAGAGAUAGGGCUCUGGUUAAUCUUUUAUUGUCAAAUAGAUUUAAAGAUUGCAAAAGUGUGAUUGUUUAUUGCACCAGGCGUGAGGAGUGCGAACGGAUCGCCACUUUUUUAAGAACUAGCUUGAAAAGUGAGGUUCCAGUGGAAAGUAAUAACAAGAAACGUAAAAGGCUAAACCUUCAAGCUGAACCGUAUCAUGCCGGGUUAAGCGCUUCUCGGAGAAGAACUGUACAAAAUUCGUUUAUGUCUGGAGAACUAAGGAUAGUUGUAGCUACAGUGGCUUUUGGAAUGGGAAUAAAUAAGUCUGAUAUUAGAGCUGUGAUACAUUUUAAUAUGCCUAAUAGCUUUGAAAGUUACGUUCAAGAAGUGGGUAGAGCAGGAAGAGAUGGAUUACCAGCCCACUGUCACUUGUUUUUAGAUUCACAGGGUAGAGAUGAAAACGAACUGCGUCGCCACAUACACGCGAAUUCAAUAGAUCGCUUUGUAAUUCGUAAACUGCUUCAAAAAAUAUUUGUUCCUUGUGCGUGUAAAGGAUUAUGUCCGAAACACGAAGUGGCCUUUUCAAUUGAAGAAACCGUUAGGGCUCUUGAUAUACCCGAAGAGAAUAUAUCAACUUUAUUAUGCUACUUAGAGCUGCAUGAAAAUAAGUAUAUCGAGCUUCUUAGUCCCGCUUACACCCACUGCAAAAUAAUAUCUUACGGUGGACCGUUACAGAUCCGAAAAGCGGCCAAAGAAUGCCCCCCUUUGGCUAUGGCUCUGGCACUUUAUCCCAAUAAAAAAAUUGAAGAUAAUGUUCUGGAAUUUCCGGUUGUUGAUGUGGCUAGUGCAAUGGGAUGGGAGAGUGGCAUUUGCAAACAUAAAUUGAAAAACUUGGAAUGGGUUACAGUUAACAACACCUCAAAAAGAUCCACUUUAAGCAUUCAGUAUUCAAACUUGGGAUUCAGACUAUUGGCACCCGGAAAUCUUAUGGACGAUCAACUAGACGAGGCCUUAGAUAAUUUAUUUACUAGAGUACAAAGUCAAGAGACUAAGGCGUUAAAGCAACUGCACGCAGUUCACAAAACUAUGUUAGCAGUAGCUGAGAAAAAUUAUAAUUCUUGCAUAGAUUUAAAUAAUAAAGAAGAAAGAAGCGACUUGGGUUUAAAGCACCGGAUUAGGGAAUAUUUUAAUUCGGCUGAUCCACUAGCCGACUUAGAUGUCGGACCUUCGAAAAUAAUCAGCGAGGAUCAACUGAUAAGUGACGUCAGGGCCAUGAUAUGUAUGUACAGAGACAAUCAAUUUACCGGCAGGGCGUUGGCGAGAAUAUUUCAUGGUAUUCAAAGUCCGAAUUAUCCGGCGGUAAUUUGGGGUCGCUGCAAAUUCUGGAGGAGUCAUUUGAACGAAGAUUUUCAUGAGAUUUGUAGAAUAGCGACUAGGGAAAUAAUUAAGAUGAGAUAGAGAACUUUUAGUUUCAUAUUGAGAUACGGUAAAUUAAAAAAUGUAAGGACAAACUUAUUUUAAUUCUUAUUGUGCAAAUUAAUUCCUUUUUAAUAUAGAAAUUAUUCAAUGUGUUUA